AUGCCUCGCCGGCAGGACGAUGAUGACGACGAAGAGCGGCCUCUCCUGCGGUGCGACGCAGAUUUGGCGAGCCAAUAUAGCGAAGACAGCUGUGCCACGCGCCAGAUCGAAUUCGGCCCUGACGACGAGGAGAACCCCAAGGCGUGGAGCGGUAGGAAGAAGAUGACCAACGUGGCCAUCAUCGCGCUGAUGGCCAUCCUCAGCCCACUGGCCAGUUCCAUGUUCACCCCGGGCAUCUCGCAGAUCGCGCGCGACCUGCACACCGACGAGCAAAAGGUCAUCGCCACCACGACCGGCUUUGUCGUCAUGUUGGGCGUCGGCCCGCUGGUCCUGGCGCCGUUCUCGGAAACCUUUGGGCGAAGGACCCUGUAUAUCUGCUGUUUCUCCAUCUUUACGCUGCUGCAGGCGGGCUCGGCGCUGAGUCCGAAUAUCGGCACCCUCGUCGCGGUCCGAGCCAUUUCUGGCUUCUUUGGCAGUGUCGGCCUGGCCAAUGGCGGCGGAACCAUCUCCGACAUGUAUGACCCGUCGGAACGGGCUGGGAUCUUUGGAUGGUAUCUGCUUGGUCCGCUGCUAGGGCCGACUUUGGGUCCUCUAUUUGGAGGCAUCAUUGUCAGUCGGCUGGGCUGGAGAUGGAUCUACUGGGUCCUUACAAUUGUCUGCGCCAUCAACACGGCUAUAGGAUGCUUCUUGCUGCGAGAAACUUACGCUCCGGUCCUCCUCGGGCGGCGUAAAGCACACCUUCAAAACGAGGCAGGCAAAUCCACAAAAAUCCAUUUCCAAGGCGAGGACGAGCGUCCUCUGUCGAUGAAACUCAGGGCGAGUAUGAAAAGACCGUUUGUGAUUUUCGUGCAGCCCAUUGUCUUGGUCAUGAGCUCCUACCAGGCCCUGAUAUUCGGCACCACAUACAGCAUCUACACCAACAUGCAGAAAAUCUAUUCGGACGCACCGUACAACCUCAACUCUGAGCAGAUCGGCUUACUUUACCUUGGUCCUGGACUAGGGUUCUUGACCGCGGUGCGCUUCCUGGUACCUCGCAUCGAUACCGUGUUCAACAAGUUGACGGCGAAGAAUGAGGGGCAGUCGUUGCCGGAAUUUCGUCUGCCGCUUGCCAACGUGGGCAGUAUUUUGAUCCCUGCUAGUUUGUUUUGGUUCGCAUGGACGGUGCAGUACCGAGUUCACUGGGUGGUCAGCAUCGCGGCGACGUACUUCUACGGGGUCGGACAGGUGGUUGUCUUCAACGCAGUGCAAAAUUACUACAUCGACUCAUUCUCGCAGUACGCUGCCUCGGCCAUUGCAGGAGGGUCUGUAUUCAGGAGUUUGGUGGGUGGACUGGUUCCGUUGUUUGCACCCCAGCUGUUUGACAAAGUCGGCUACGGCUGGGGAAUCAGCUGCUUUGGGUUCGUGGCAGUUCUGAUCGCCCCAAGUCCACUGUUAUUCUAUUAUUUCGGAGGCCGACUCCGCGAGAGGUUUCAACUCAAGUUCUAG